AUGGAUCCGAUCGGCACAUUCAACCCUCAGAAGCGACCCGGCGACAACCCGGCCGACCAGCAGCGGCGGAAGAGAGCCCGCCAGAGCUGCGAGACUUGCAAGGCACGAAAGACGAAGUGUGUUGGCUUAGAAAACGGUACAUGCCAGUACUGCACACAGCUCGGACUCUUGUGUCAGGUGAACCUCAAGGCUCGGAAGCGUCCUUUCUAUCGCAUCUCCGAGGCGGCCUAUGAAUCGUCGAUUGCCCUGCUGCGUCGCUUUGUGUCUGAAGAAGAGCUGCCCGAGCUUACUGUUGAGGGUAUUCAGGGCGUUCUGUCCAAGCUAGAUGACCCCGCCAACGACAAGGAGCGAAUAGAUGCAAAUCCACAUUCACAUUCCCACUCGCAGAGUCCAACAGAACUGUCCGCGGCUGCUGCUGCACUAGGAUCGUCGCCGCGAUCUCAGGCCGGGGCGAACGAAGGGAGAAGCUCAGUUGCGGCAAUCGAGGAGCAGCCGGAAAGCGUUGGCGCAGAGGCGGAGGCUGAAGAGGGGGUCAUGGAGCCAGACGAGCACCCUGCCCUCCAAGAAGAACGAGGUUGCAUGGUGUUGGAUUCACUCGGAAAAUACCGCUACGUCGGCGCAGACUCUUCCAUCCGCUGGAACCACGCGGCGCGCAUGGCACAGCACGCGACGUCUAAUACAGAUCCGAAGGUCAUCGCACCGCUCAAAACGGGUCUUCUUCCACCCAGAACGCCCGAAAGUCUGACUGGGAGUGCGCGCGGUGCGGGAGUCUACCUGCCGCCGGCUGCGAUGGCCAUGCGCUACGCGGGUUUUUUCUUCCAGGAAGUCCAUUGCUUGUACUGGUUCUACUCCCUCGAGCAGUUCUACGGGGCACUGGAGGAGACGCUGGAGGACCACGGGGCUAAGGCGAGCGCGUCGUGGCUGUGUUCGCUGUACUCGAUCUUUGCCAUCGGGAGUAUGGCGCCGGAUAAUCAGAUCGCUCGCGCAGGAAAAGAUGCGGAAGGAGACGAUAAGCGGGCAGCGGACUACCUUGCCUUGGCCAAGGAUCUGGUCCCUGAAGUGAGCGAAGAGGCAGAUACAGAAAGUGUCAAGGCUUUCGGCCUGUUGAGUCUCGGGAUGCAUGCAAUGUGCUAUAGCGUCGGGGCGUACCUGCACCUGGGCACAGCAGUCCGGAUAGGGUUCUCGCUCGGCUUGCAUAGGAAUAUCUCUCCGCGUAAGAGUAGCUCGGUAGAGCGCGAGAGAGCCAGGCGGUUGUGGUGGACGAUCUACACGCUCGACCAUGAAAUGGCCAUUAGGUUUGGAUAUCCCUGCGCCGUUGGGGAUGAGAGCGGCCUUGUCAAGACGCCACCAGCAUCAGAACAGGUAAUGGAUCCUGGCCCAAAUAUGCCCCUCGGAUACCAAUCCCUCUGUGUCUCGCUUGUCCGGAUCCGCAAGAAGAUCGGCCAAAGCUGCUUCGUUGUCCCUGCGCAAGCCGGGGGCCGUCUACCAAUCCGACAGGUGUUUGAGAGUCUGAAUGCGCUCCGGACCUGGUUCGACGAGAUACCUCAGUACUUCAGCCGUGAGGCGUCCCAGCCGCCGCAACACCGACGAGCUGUUUCCAUUCUUCAUUUGCGAUACUGGAGCUCCGUGAUUUUUGUCACGCGGCCUUUCCUCCUCUAUACAGUCUCGCGCCCGGCCGCGAUCAAGGAGCCCGCCAAGGCGCGGUGCUACGAGGAAAUCAGCAGAAAGUGUAUUGAAGCGGCCGAGCAGUCGGUUGACAUCUUCAAGCGCAUGGUCAAAGAACAGACCCUCUCAAGCCGGAUCCUGUUCGAUUGCCACUGCAUCGGCGAGGCGAUGUGGAUCUUGAUUCUUGCCGUGCAGAAGCUGGGCCUCGAAAAGCAUCGGCAAAUGCUCCAGCUCUGCCUCGAGACCGUCCGCGGGAUGGAACAGUUUGGGUGGUGUGAGAAGGUGGCACCGGAGCUGGAGGCCAGAGUGCACGAGAGUGGGAUCAUGCAGCCGCAGUCUCGACGAGAAAUGCAGCACACCCAGCAAAGCGGACACCGAAGCCUGGACUUCCACAGUCAGGCGAAUGGAGCUGAAGCGAAUGCUGGAGGAGGCAUUCUCCCUGAAUCUCGAGCUGAUUCUUUAGAGGACACAACUCUUAAUUUUGACAUUUCCGAGUUUGGCCUUCUGGAGACAUUCGAUAUGGAUAUGGACAAUGGUUCCGGGCUGAUGGAUAUGCUUGCAGACGCAACGCUCUCAGCGUCACAACUCGGCUUUUAG